CUCUCGUGGCGUUGCGGCGACGAAUACAAGGCAGGCAAAGGCGGAGCAGCAGCAGACUUGACGUGAGGAGAGACGAAGCAAGCAGGUGAUGGCGGUGAACCCGACGAUGCACACGCAGCGGUUCACGUCGUCGACGUCCAAGACCAAGCACACGUACGUGCGUGUGGUGCCCAAGCCGGUGCUUGUCACACUCUCGUUUGCCGAGCCUGGGGAGGAUACGUGGGUGGAGCAUUGCACGGGCUCGGCGUCGGCCAAGUACGUGCCGGGGCUCCGCAUGUAUGGCGUGUGCAUGAAGCCGGUGGACGCUGAGCUGGCGCCGGUUCGCCUCGCCGUCUCGCCACAUGUGGUGUUCUCCGUCGCCGAGGGCAGCCACGACUUGCAGUGGCUGGACGUGGCGUCGUCGCGCAAGAUGAAGCUCUCCUUCCCCAACAAGGCUGCGCUCGAGCACGUGCACUCGAUUGUGAAGCGGGCGCAGAACGUGGGCCAGCGGCUCGACGAUCCGUCGGCGAUGGCUAUGUGGUACUCCUGCUUUGGUACCGACUCGUCGGUCACCUGGCCGCGGUUCUUCAAGCUCUACUCGUCGUCGGUCCCGCCCGAGAGCGUGCCGACCCACUCGGGCUUUGAGGACCAGCUCAAGGCCUUUCUCAUCAACGACAAGGGCUCGGUGACGCUUGACACCUUUGCCGGCUUUCUGCUCUGGUUUGGCCCGUACGAGGCCUCUUUGGGCCGUUGGGCGGCCAUCACGUCGAUGCCGGCGUUCAACGGGGGCAUUUCACGUGAGCAAGCCGAGGAGCUGUUGCGCGGCAAGCCGCCGCUCGCAUACCUCAUCCGACUCUCGGACCCGGGCUUUUUCUCGGUCUCGUACAACUACCAGGCACCCGAGACCGGGACCGUCGAGCCGCAGCACUUUCGCAUCGAGAAUGUGGGUGAGGAGGGCUUCACCAUCGAGACCGUGGAGGAGGAGCUGGUGACGCAAGUCUCGAUUGCGGCAGUUGUCCAGUCGCAGAGCCACAUCCUGGGCGAGCCGGUCUCGCAAAUGCCGUUUUCCAUGCCGUCGGAGGACGACUCGCUUGACUCGGCCUCAUCAGACGUGCUUGGCUCGUCGCGGAGUUCGGCGAGCCGGCCAGCGUCGGGCGCAGGAGCCGGUGGAAGCGCUGGCGGAGCCGGCGACGACCGCGGCGACGAUGGGCGCGCAGGCAAGGGCAAGGAGGUGAGUGAGGGCGAGGAGGCGCGUGAGCCGGUUGUUUUCACCUCGGUCGAGUUUGGCGAGGACGGCUGGGUCGACAAAAUGGGCGUUAUGGUCGGAGCGACCGACUCGGAGGAGGUCCGGAUCCACGCCGGCAACCUGAUGGUGUCGUGGGUGGAGGAUCCGGGCAACAAGGCGGCUUUUGUGACCGGCGGCGGGUUGGCGCUGCUGCGGCAGCUUGCCGAGACGGCGCAGGGCAAUGUGGAGAUCGAGCGGCUGGCGGUGCGGGCGCUGUGCGCGCUGGCCGGCGAGAACGCCAACAAGGUGGCGAUUGUGGAGCAGAUGCUGCCGACGCUCUACCAGCACGCUGUCUCACCCGACGAGCAGGUCCAGCAGUACUCGGCGUUCAUUUUUGCCAACCUUGUGCUCAACGACCCGCAGAUCCAGCAGGUGCUCGUGGAGCAGGGCUGCUUGCCUGCGCUGGCGGCACUGACGGCGUCGGACUCGAGCUAUGUGCAGGCUAACGUGGCGUGGGUGUUCGGCAACCUGGCACAGCACGAGGCGAACAAGAAGAUCAUCCUGCUCGGCGGACUGCAGGCCCUGUUCAAGCUCGCGCAGUCGGACAAUGCCAAGGUCAAAAAGUACGCCUUUGACGCGCUCGGUUGCCUCGGGAUCGUCGACGGCGACGACGUCGGCAAGCUCAUUGCGCAGGUCAAGCAGUCGCUAGACCCCAAGCCGGUGUGGGAGAUCAACUACUCGGACAUCAAGGACAUGGUGCUCGUCGACUCGGGCGGAUACGGCAACGUCUACCUCGGCAAGUACCUGCACAUGAAGGUGGCGGUGAAGCGGCUCAAAAAGUCGCAGCUCCGCGACCUCGAGGCGUUCAAGCUCGAGAUCUCUAUGAUGUCCAAGCUCCGCCACCCCAACAUUGUGCUGUUCCUUGGCGCCACCACCUCGCCCCUCACCAUUGUCACCGAGUACAUGGCGCGGAAGAGCAUGUUCGAUGUCAUCCACGAUCCGCACUGCUCGCUCGAGCCGCGGCGGGUCCUGCGGAUGAUCAAGGACUCUGCGCUAGGCAUGAACUACCUGCACUCGCUCAACAUCAUUCACCGCGACUUCAAGUCGCUCAACCUCCUUGUCGACGAAGGCUACAACGUCAAGAUCACCGACUUUGGCCUCUCGCGGGUUCUCUCCAAGGACUCGACCGCCACCCCGCACGGGACCUACGCCUGGCGCCCGCCGGAGAUGUUCCGCUCGGAAAAGUACGACCACAAGGUCGACGUCUAUUCGUUUGGCAUUGUCCUCUGGGAGCUCAUCACCCGCCGCAUUCCCUUUGACUCGAUGAGCUACGAAGCCAUCAAGCGGGCGGUGCUCGAGGGCGUGCGGCCCGAGGUGCCGUCGACCAACGACCCCAUCAUCCACGAGAUCAUCGAGCUGAUGAAGGCGUGCUGGCAAGCCGACCCGGUCAUCCGCCCGGGCUUUGAUGUCAUCUGCGAAGGCCUGAACGAGCUCUCCAAGCUUGUCCGUGCCGCCCGUCGCGGGUGAGCUUGUUCGCCUCGAGCCGCCUCGAGCUGACUCUGAAUGAACUGUCUGCCGAGA